AUGGAAAUUGAAGAAAUUGGCGAAAUGGACAGAACGGAUGAAAUGGAUCUUCCUACUUAUAAUUUUGUUAAUGGUGUCCCUACUGAUCCUCAAGUUCUGAAAGUCUAUAACGGUUUGAGUAGGAUCCAAAUGACCGCGUACAAUAAAGCCAACGACCAGGGGAAAACCUAUAUCUUGUAUGUAGUUGCGGAUGAAAAGAAAAAACCGCGACAUUAUCUCAAUCUUCUUUAUGCUGUGAUCAAUUUACUUUCCGUCACCGGUUUUAAUAUCUGGAGCCACUUUCAAAGACGAGACGGAGAUGAAGAUUUUAUUAAAUAUUGGAAUAAUUACAAGCCUGAACAAGAUGUUAUACUUAUGCAAUUAUGCAUUCUCUUUGGUACCCAAAUUAUGAUCAUAGCCAUAGCAUCAGCAACAGAAGGAUUAUUUAAUAAAUAUAAGUUUCCAUUUAUCUUCGUUCCAAUAAUUAUUGGGAUAGGGUUGGCGGUAUUGGGAGGCCUAACUUGGACGUUGCCAUCUAUCGCGAUUUCUUUCGUAGGAGUUGGGAUAUUGUUUGCGGAGAGUGCCAUAUAUUAUUUUAGUAUAUUCCCUUGA